AAAAUCAUUCAACAAGCAGUGCUUCAACUGGAAUAACCACGAAUAACAACGAAUCCGUCCAUCAACAUGAAGUGGAUUAUGCUCUCCGUUCUAGCAUGUUUCGUAGCGUAUGAAGCUAAAGCUCAACGCAUGUUGGGUCGGUUGGGUGUGUCAGGUUUAGGGUAUGGAGACGAUAUGCUUGGUAUAGAUGGCGGCUUGGGAGUGGGGGGACUAGGUGUAGGUAGCGGACUAGGUGUAGGUAGCGGACUAGGUGUAGGUAGCGGACUAGGUGUGGGUGGCGGACUAGGUGUAGGUGGCGGACUAGGUUAUAGAGGUCUAGGGACAAGCGGUAUGGGAUACUCACGUGGUAACGGUUAUGGCGCCAGCGAUUUCAAUUCUGGUGCCAGUGGUUUGGCGAACCAGGGUAUGCACAACGGUGGAAUGGGGAACUACCAUGAUAUUGGACAGCAUCACAAUAGCCUCACAUCGAUCACUCAAGCCGAGAACACUGACAACCACAACGUAGGCGGAGGCCAAAUGUAUGACACAGGACUGGAGGCUGGUAACCGCUUCAACCGGUACGGCAACGGUGGCAGUCGUUAUGGCAACGGAUACGGAAGCGGACAGGAAAUGACCUCAUUCCUUUAAAUGUAGUCUAUAUGAAUCAAUAUAUAAAAAAAAUAAUCAAUCUAUUAUAUCUCAAUAUGAUCGAACGAAAAAACGAACAUCAUCAAUAUUAAUUUGCAAUGAAAUGUUUAGUUAACUGACAAACAUCUUUAAUACAAUAAUAAAGAACCAUAUUUUUAUGGAU